CAUAGUUUAAAAGGAAAAAUCAAAUAAUAUGUUAAUUCAAUAUUAUACAAACGAAAGGGAAGCGUUCUUUAAUUAGGUUUUUUUACUUGGCCGUGACACAGAAGAAACAGAAGAAGGAGAUGAGCGAUUCCAACGAAAAAAAGACAUGCAACGAUUCAAAGCAGCCGAUACUUGUCCCGGACUUGGUUAGAUUGGUCUUGGAACGCUUGAGCUUUGUUGAUUUUCAUCGAGCUAGAUGUGUUUCUUCAGGAUGGUAUUCCGCUUCGAAAUCAUGCAUUGGAGGAACAAAUCCGACAGCUCCAUGGAUUAUCCUCUUUCCAAACGAACAUGUGAAAACCAACAACGAUUCGUGUAAGUUGUUUGAUCCUCGUGACCAUAGUUCAUACACAAUAAGAGAUCUCGGGUUUGAUAUGGUUAGGAGUCGUUGUUUGGCAAGUUCCGGUAGCUGGUUCCUUAUGUUAGACCAUAAAACUGAUUUUCAUCUCUUGAAUCUAUUUACUCGAGAGAGAAUUCCUCUUCCGUCUCUGGAAUCAAUUGAUGGAUGGCAGAUGAAGUUUGUGAGAACCGGUGACUCUGAUUUCGAGAUGUCUAUGUAUUACAAAGCACAUGGACUUGUUUCUUAUGGUAAAAACAGCGAUCUUAGAAUAAGGGGUGCGGUUUUGUGGGUAGAUGAAAAAACCAGAGAUUACUUUGUUGUUUGGUUUCAUCAUAGCACUUUUGCAUAUCACAAGAAAGGAGGUGACAAUAAUAGCUGGAAAGUGUUUCAACCUUCAAAGCAUCAAGGAUGCCGCCAUAUGGUGUAUAAAGAAAGCAAACUUUACGUGCUUAGUCCAGCUCGAAAUAUUUCUGUGUUUGAUUUCUCCGGUGGUCAUUCUCCAGUGGAGUAUGCAACUCUCCCAUCUCCGAAAGAUUGUUAUGUCAGGAAUCUUGCUGUGACAUUGUCUGGAGAAGUUUUGAUCAUUUCAAGCAAUCCAAAGAAAUGCUUCUUCACCCUCUACAAGAUAGAUCCUAAAUCAUCAAAAUGGAGAUUAAUCAAGUCUAUAGGGGACGAAGCAUUGAUUUUGGACCUAGGAAUAACGGUUGCAGCCAAAGAUGGAGUUAUGAGAAAUUGCAUAUAUUUUAGUCAUGAUGAUUUACAUAGAUAUAAAGGGGUUAGUCUAUGCAAUGAUGAUAAGUACGGUAUUUGCGUCCACCCUAUUAAAACCAAGAAAAAGGUCCAAGUGUUUGAACAUCUUACUACUUCAUCGCCAAUACCAUUCAAGGAUGCUCGUUGGUUUUUCCCCACUUUUGGUGGAAAGUAGUUUGCUCUAAAACUAUAUCAAGUUUUGUCCUUUGGUAAGGGUUGAUUAUUAUUUUUUAUAUUGUGGAACAAGACUGUGUUGCUAGUUUUCUUUUAUGUUUUUGAACUCAAAAAGGUUUGAAAACCAUAGUCAAAUAUAAUAUCUAUAUCAGAUUUAUAGAAUAUAUAUUUUAUAUAUUUUUCGAAAGGGAACAUCGUUUUGGUUUGGAUAUUAUAUUGGACGAGACAACGAGUGAUAGUGUUUUCUACUUACUGGUUAAACUAACUACAUUUUAUUUUAAAUGAAAUAAUUGAUAUAUCAGUAGUAUUUGGGCGUAAACUAUUGGUUUAAAUGAAAUAACUGUAUAAUUUACAUCAUUCUUUUUUUUUGGUUCAGUCGUUCAGAGAAGAAAAGUUUAUUUUUCUCCUGCAAAUAAAACUUUACAUCACUGUUAUUUAGACAACCUUUUUACAUUGCGAUUAAGAAUAAAGAAGUAUAGUUUAGACAAUUUUAUUUG